AUGCUCGGCAGCUUUUGGCAUCCGGGUCCACCCCUUGUCUACGUGCAGACUUCGCACCCUGUUUUGAGUCAUCAGCGGGAGCCAGGCGGCAAACAUGUGCCGUCACGACUUGCUACAGUCGGGGCCUGCGGCGGCUUUUUGGCUAGGUUGUUGCUGAGACGCAGCAGGAGCGAGAUGAUAUGCAGGUCAGCCAGGGGUGAAAAAAAAGGUUUGGACAAAGUGAGCACCAGACAGCAGAGCAUGCUCGAUCGACUGCAGGAUCACGCAGCGGCCCUGGGUGGCAAGUGCAUGGCGAUCGGGUACAAGAACUGUAUGACGAAAGUCCCGUGGCAUUGCCAACAUGGCCACACCUGGGAUGCAACUCCAGUCAGCGUGCUGAAUGCAAAGACCUGGUGUCCCGAGUGUGCCAGAAACAGGCGGCGGAUCCCGUUGCAACGACUCCAAGAUCACGCGAAAACACGAGGUGGACGGUGUUUGUCAACGAGCAAGUACAACAGGUCCAAAGGCAAGGUCACAUGGCAGUGCAAGCUGGGACACAACUGGAAGGCCACCCCGAACAUGGUGCUUCACAGACGGACCUGGUGCCCUGCUUGCUCCCGCAAAGGGCGAACUUGGAAAAAGCGCAGCUUGAAGGACUUGCAGGGGCAUGCUGCUUCCCUCGGUGGCCGUUGCCUCGCAACUACUUAUGAGGGUAUGCUGGCUCCGGUGUUGUGGCAGUGCCGCAGAGGUCACACUUGGCAGGCGCGCCCCCACAAUGUCCUCAACAUGAAGGGUUGGUGUCCAGCUUGUGCAAGGAAUGCUCCGUUGGACCUACGUCGACUGCAGGAGCAUGCCAAGAGUCGGGGUGGCGAAUGCUUGGCCAGGAAAUAUGUCAAUAGCUAUUCGAAGGUGACCUGGAAGUGCGAGCACGGCCAUACUUGGCAGGCAAGACCCAACCAUGUUUUAAAUUCGGGGGUGUGGUGUCCCCACUGCAGGAAGAUUGGAUUGGCGCGUCUGCAGGCCCAUGCUACAUCGCUAGGCGGAAGGUGUCUAGCCAAAUCGUACAAGAGUUACAAGAUGAAGCUGUUGUGGGAAUGCCAGGAGGGACACACAUGGAAUGCCACUGCCCAGAGCGUGUUGCAUCAGAAGACGUGGUGCCCACAGUGUGCGGCCAGCAACUGGCGAACAGAAGCGGAGGUCCGCAGGAUCCUCGAGACCAUUUUCCAUCCGGCUAUGUUUCCCUCCUGUUACCCGUCUUUCCUGGAAGGCUUGCAGUUGGAUGGAUACUGCCCUGAUUUGUUCUUGGCUUUCGAGUACCAGGGAGAGCAGCACUACGAUCCCGAGAACUAUUUUCAUUUCGGUGAUCCUUCCAACUUCCGUGCCCAGAGGGAAAGGGAUGCUAGGAAGGUCGAGCUUUGCAGGGAUGCCGGGGUGCGGCUCUUGAUCAUCCCAUGCUUCGUGAACGACAAGAGGACCUUUGUGCUGACGAUGUUGCUGCGGUGGUUUGCUUGGGGUCGACUUGCGACGCUGGAGCUGCCAAGCAGAUGA